AUGGAUGACCUUUACGACGAGUUCGGAAAUUACAUCGGGGAGCCGGAAGAGGAGAGUGAAGAUGAACCGACCAACAAUGCCUUUGACGGUGCUCGGUAUCUCGAGGAUGAAGACGCAGAUGAGAGCGCGCCGACAGGGCAGGAGCUCAUGGAUCUCGACGAGGAUGGACCAUCAAAUGCAGUAGUACUGCACCAGGAUAAACAAUAUUACCCCACAGCGCAGCAGGUGUAUGGACCAGGCGUCGAGACGCUCGUUCAAGAGGAAGAUACACAAGGAUUGGAUCAACCUAUUGUGGCGCCGAUUGACAACAAAAAGUUCACCGUUGAGGAAGAGGAUCUGCCAUCCGUCUUCUUCGACCGAAGAUAUCUUUCGGAUAUGAUGAACUUCCCAAACCAAGUGAGGAACAUCGCACUCUGUGGUCACUUGCAUCACGGCAAGACCAGUAUCAUGGAUAUGCUCGUAGCUCAGACCCACGAUCUGUCAUCGUACUCGCGAGGGAAGACUGGAAAGGCAAAGGACGAACAGCUUCGUUACACAGAUACCCACAUCCUGGAACGGGAACGGGAGAUGUCAGUCAAGGCGAGCCCGAUGAGCCUAGUGUUGGAGGAUACGAGAGGCAAAAGUCACGCCUUACAUAUCAUCGACACACCAGGACAUGUGAAUUUCGCGGACGAAGUUGCGGCAUCGAUGCGACUUGUGGAUGGCGUGGUUCUCGUCGUCGACGUGGUGGAGGGGGUUCAAACUCAGACAGAGAUGAUCAUCAAGCACGCGAUUCUCGCUGAUCUCCCUCUGACGCUUCUGAUCAACAAAAUGGACAGGCUCAUCCUCGAAUUAAAGUUACCUCCUGCUGAUGCCUACUUCAAACUCAAGCAUGUGGUGGAGCAAGUGAACACCACAAUCGAGGAUACCGUGCCUGGUAGGGGAGAGAAGUAUCGAGUGUCGCCAGAGAAAGGCAAUGUGGCUUUCGCUUGCAGCAGCAUGGAAUGGUGUUUCACACUCCCUAGCUUUGCUGCCAUGUACGCGGAACACUUUCCUGUAAACUCACCCGAAAAACCAUUAGACACAUACGAAUUCAGCAGGAGAUUAUGGGGCGAUAUCUUUUUCAAUCCCCGCUCAAGAAAAUUCUCGCGGCGACCGAACGAAGAUGCCGCCAGGCGAAGUUUUGUCCAUUUUGUCCUCGAGCCGAUUUACAAACUCUAUUCACACACUCUGUCAGAUUCACCCGAAGCCCUUAAGAAAGCUCUCGGCCGACUCGGCAUCAUUUUGAAGCCCGCUCAGCUGAAGAGUAACGCAAAAGACCUUUUGAAGUUGGUUUGCAGGCAAUACUUCGGUAAUGCCACCGGCCUUGUCGAGAUGGUUGUCAAGCACAUUCCUUCUCCUGCUGAAGGUGCUCAGCAGAAGCUGGAAGCCCAUUACACUGGCCCGCUGGACUCGAAGACGGCAAAGGCGAUGCUCGACUGUGACGCUGAUGGCCCACUUGUCAUUCAUGUGACGAAGCUCUUCAACACCCAAGACGCUAAGGGCUUCUAUGGCUUCGGACGCGUGAUGAGCGGAACUGUGAAGCCAGGAGAUCGAGUUCGAGUACUCGGUGAAAAUUACAGCAUUGAUGACGAGGAAGACAUGGUCAACGCGACUGUGGACAAUGUAUGGAUUGCAGAAAGUCGAUAUAAUGUCCCAGUCUCCGGCGUUCCUGCAGGCAAUCUUGUAUUGCUCGGUGGCAUUGACGCUUCAAUUAUGAAGAGCGCCACGGUCGUGGCUCCCAAGCUUUCUGAUGACGAACCUGCCUACAUUUUCAAGCCUAUUACGCACUUCUUCGAAAGCGUCAUGAAAAUCGCCGUGGAGCCCAUCAACCCUUCAGAAUUGCCGAAAAUGCUCGACGGACUACGCAAGAUCAACAAGUCAUAUCCUCUAAUAACGACCAAGGUCGAAGAAAGUGGCGAGCACGUUGUUUUAGGGACAGGUGAGCUGUACAUGGACUGCGUGCUUCACGAUCUUCGCCGUCUAUACGCACAGAUGGAGAUCAAAGUCUCCGAUCCGGUCACGCGGUUUUGCGAGACAUGUGUGGAUCAGAGUGCCAUGAAAUGUUACGCAUUAACACCCAACAAAAAGAACAAAAUCACCAUCGUAGCCGAACCAUUGGACGAAGGAAUCGCGCAAGACAUCGAGUCCGGAAAAGUCAGCAUCAAAGACCCUGUGCGCAAAGUCGGCAAAUUCUUCGAAGAGAACUACGGCUACGACAUCCUGGCCAGCCGCAACCUCUGGGCCUUCGGACCGGACGACAAUAGCCCCAAUAUACUCCAGAACGACACCUUGCCCUCCGAUGUCGACCAGAAACUCCUGCGCAGCGUCAAAGACAGCAUCCGCCAGGGCUUCGCCUGGGGCACGCGCGAGGGCCCCCUCUGCGAGGAACCCAUCCGCAACGUCAAAUUUAAAAUCACCGACAUCGACCUCGCCGCCGAACCUAUCUACCGUGCCGGUGGCCAGCUCAUCCCGACCGCCCGCCGGGCUUGCUAUUCCUCCUUCCUCAUGGCCGGACCGCGGCUCAUGGAGCCCGUGUACUCCUGCACCAUGCUCGGCAACGCGAAAGCCGUGUCAUCGCUGUACACAGUCCUCGCGCGUCGCCGCGGCCAUGUCCUCAGCGACGCGCCAAUCGCGGGAACCCCCCUGUAUUCCGUGCGUGGCUUAAUCCCCGUCAUUGACAGUUUCGGCUUCGAGACCGAUCUGCGGAUCCACACGCAGGGCCAAGCGACGGUUUCGUUGGUCUUUGAUCGUUGGAGUGUCGUACCAGGCGAUCCUUUGGAUAAAAACAUCAAGCUGAGGCCGUUGGAGCCGGCUUCGGCAUCGGCAACGGCGAGAGACUUCGUGCUCAAGACGAGGAGGAGAAAGGGUCUCAGUGAGGAUGUCACCGUUAGCAAAUAUGUCGAGCCGGAACUCAUGAAGCAGUUGAGGGAGGCGGGCAUGCUCGAUGGUGCGUGA